GAAAUUGAUGAAAGAUGGCCAGAGAAGAUGUAAAAGAAGGAAAACUGGCAGGUAUCUGUGAAAAGCGUGAAAAAUAAAAUCGGAAAAUGGAGUCUGAUCACUAUUCGGAUGAAUAUGAAUCCACUGAAGAAGAAGUUGAAGGCUGUUAUGCUGGAUUUCUGAAAAAAUAUGAUUACGACUAUAUCUGGUUUGGAAUAAGUCUUGAAAAUUUGACUAUCCCCCCACCUGGUGAAGAAGUCUGUGCAAUUACUGAUGAGCGUUCAAACUACACACAUGAAAAACACAAAGCUAUGUUGCAGUACAGCGAUUUGGGAUACGUGGCUCUACUCGAAGAAAAAUGGGAUGAAGCUAUAGUUUUAUACACGAUGGCACUUAGUCUACACAAAAGUCAUCCUAAUUUAUAUCACAACAGAUCCUUUGCCUACGAGCAAGUGGGAAAAUAUGAAGAAGCACUGCAGGAUGCUAGUCAAAUACUUAACUAUGGGUUUUAUUCCCGAAUGGGUAAAAUAUCGACAUUUUUCUGCUUAAAGGAUGCCCUUGAAUAUUACAAUAGAGGCUUACAAAUCCGUGAAUACGAGGGUGAUAGUGUAAGGGAAUUUUGUGACAAUCUCAAAGAAGUGGUUUUAUUAACAAAAGAUCGAUUAGAAUAUUUUUUGCACUCGAGGCUCGAAAAUAAUACAAGAACUGGAUGGGACAAUACCGAUCCAAUCGAUUAUGAUGAUAUCGAAAAAUUCAUUUACAAUUUAUUCGCUGAUUCAUGCCAAGAUUAUAAAUUAUUCAAAGAGUCCUAUUUCGAAAAUAAAUCGGCAUUAUCGGCUGUUUUCAGCAUAAUAUUUGAUCCUCUUGGAGUGCCUGAACUUGAUUUAACUCACAUAAUUAUUUCAUUGUACAUGGUUGUUUGUGCAUAUUUGAAAUUAAAAGAAUACCCGAAGUGUAUCGAAUUGUCAGCAAAAUUACUUCAGGUUGCUCGUGAAAAUCAAUUAGGCUUGAAAAAUAUGAGCAAGAUUUUCGAUAUAAUAUCGAAGGCUAUCGUGAGGAUGUUAAAUGGGCAGCAAGGGAAAUCUUAUAAUAAUAUAUUUUUGAUGAUUCAGAGAAUUACAGAAGUGAAAAUCCCAUUUAAUAAAGAGCAAUUUCUAAAGGAUGUGGUAGAUAUUAUUAGUGUUGGAGAUGUAUAUCCAGAGGAAAAUCUACUUAUUACACUGAAAGGAGAAGACAGUAAUCGUGAUGAAGCUAAAGCAAUGGAAGCAUAUACUGUAGCAAUGUUGAAAGACGAACGUGAUUUUCAAUUAGACACGAUGAAACUGCUUUAUACAAUACAGAUUUUCACUGAAGCAGUCGAUAAUGACCAUGAUGAAGAAUUGAAUUAUUAUAAUAGGUCUUUAGCCUACAUGAGAGCCUUUAUAUACGAAGAAGCAAUUGAAGAUGCUAAGAAAGUUAUUGCUCUAAAACCUAAUUGGAGUGAAGGCUAUUUUCAAAAAGGAAAUGCUCUUUAUUUUCAGAGUCCAAUUAAUAACAUACUUGAGGCAAUUGAAUGUUACGAAAAAGGUCUAGAAAUAGACCCACACCGCAAGGAUAUAGAGAGGAUUUUAGUUGAUCUAAAAAUUGCUUUCAAAGUAGGAAAACAGGUCAAAGAAGCAUUGGCGAAACUGAGAAAAAAUUCCAAUGAGAUCCUUUUCGAGGAUCCUUUAUUUUGGUCACUAAUUCGAGACUUUUUUUAUGGGAAUAUUGUAGAUACAUUAGUUAAUCCACUAAUGAAGACGAUUUUGGAUGUAGUUUAUGGAUCAAAAGGUUCAGAAAAGGAAGAAGAAGAAGCAUCCAGGGCACCCGAAAAUAUUACUUAUAUCCUCGGAAUUGCAGCUACUCAUUUUUCAAGGAAGAAUUAUCAAAGAGGUAUCGAAUUAUGUGAGAAAGGGAUCCAAAUUUCCCGGGAUAAGAAAAUGGAAUGGGAAAAUAUUUCGAGAGCUUUGAGGCUCAUUGGUGAUGGAUAUGAAAUAAUAGGUGAUCAUAGACAGAAAGAAUUUUAUUAUAGAAAAUCCGAAUAUGAGAGAAGAAAUAAAAACUAAAUUUUAUAAAAAAA